AUGAACACAACAAAUAUUAAUCAUAAUUCAUCAUAUGCAUACGAUGAAGUUUUCACUCACACAUUAGAUAUCAUACAAGGUUCACUUUAUAUACCUAUCUUUUGUGCUGGCAUUGGUAAUAAUAUCCUAACGAUAUUAAUUAUUUCACUUAAUUCAGAUAUGAGAACAGUUACUAAUUGUUAUCUACUUAAUCUAGCAAUCAGUGAUAUCCUACCAUUAAUUGUUAGUUUACCAUUUGAAAUUUCAUUUUUACCUAUCGAAGUUCCUUGGGGCCAUCUUGGCUGUCAAAUACGUGCACUUUUCGCCGAAACUUCUACAAAUGCAUCAAUAUUAACCAUAAGUGCUUUUACCAUUGAACGUUAUCUAGCUGUAUGUGGUCCAUUUCGAAUAUCCUCGUUUUCAACCAUACGACGUGCAAUUAAAGCUCAAUUGUUGAUAUGGUUUAUUGCUAUACUGUCAUCGACACCAUAUUUUUAUUUUACGAAAAAAAUCGAGCAACAGUGUUCUUUCGAUGAAAAAUUUCAAAUAUUUGUUACAAUAUGUUUGCACAUAUCAGCAAUUUGUUUUUUUCUUUUACCAGCAUUUAUACUUUUUAUUCUUUAUGCAUUGAUGGCACGCCGAUUGUAUAAUAUUGGUCUACUUCAUGAAGUACAUUAUUCUGCAGCUGGAACAACCGAUUUGAAUUCUUUAUCAAUGGGCGCAAAACACAAUCGAAGUAUUGACUAUCGUUCGGAACAACAACGGUUUCAAUCAGUUCCUCAGUCAUUAUCACGUACGUUGACCUUCACACGGCAAAUGACAUUUCAUAAUGGAAAUUAUCCUCCAUCUGGUUUAUUAUUACAUAUACAAGCGAUGAAAAAAUCAGCAUUUAAAAUGCUUUUUGCUGUCGUCAUUGCUUUUAUCAUAUGUUAUGCUCCACUUCAUAUUCAACGCUUAAUAACAAGCCGUUUAAAUGAUGCACAUUUAUCGUUAGUUCAACGACGUGCAAUAACGAUAUUUUAUUUUAUCAGUGGACUUUUUUAUUAUAUUGGCUCAACAGUUAAUCCAAUAUUUUAUCAUUUGCUUUCGCGUAAAUAUCGUUUAGCAUUUAAUCGUACAAUGAAAAAAAUUCUUCAUUGUAAACGACGUCGUCAAAAGCAAAAUCUGGAAAGAGCAAAGAAACUUUCAUUAUUAAGACACUAUCCAAAUACAACAGCUCGAAUAACACGAAAACCAAGUGCACCUAUAUAUCGCUCAUCUAACAGACUAAAUACAAAUAGUGAUAGAAGAAAACUAUUACGCAUAUCAUCGUCUCCAUAUAUUCCAGAACGAAUGCAUUAA